CCCCGGAGGCAGCGGAGGCGGUGAGUGCCGAGCUUCCUCACAUUCUGGACCUUACCUUUUUGUAUCUUUGUCCGCCCGGUGGGCGGCAGGGGGAGGCGGCACGGGCAGCUCCUAAGCCAGCUGCUGGGGCCCAGCCGAGGCCGCUGUGAGGUGGGGUGGGGGCGCGGGCCGCAGCCGGUCUCUCGGACCCCUGUGAGCCCAGCCAGGCGAAAACCCCGCCCCUGGCGCCCGCUGCCACUCCUGAUUGGCCGGUCUAGCCUGAAGGCGACCGGUGGUCCCCCGGCCCCGAGUCUCAGCUAUAAAGGCAGCCCACGCAUGACGGCUGUGGCGAAGCUCAGGUAGCUGCGGUGCUCGCCAGCUCACAGCCCCCGCGGCGCCCCCUUUACUCUUUGCCCCUUGAGCACUCCCGACUCCACCAUGCCGAGGGGCUUCCUGGUAAAGCGAACUAAACGGACAGGCGGCUCGUAUCGAGUGCGCCUAGCUGAGCGGGUUUUCCCCCGGCUGGAGCCCCAGGGGGCGCCGCCCUUUCCCGAGGAGGUUUCCAGUGCCCCCCAGCCCGGUGCGGAGCAGGUGGCAACCCCCACCUUGGAGGAGGAGGCGGCGGCCCGGGAACUGUCGGGGUCGUCCUGUCAGGUGGCUAGGGUGAGCCUGGGGGAGGGCGGGCAGGAAGGUGCUGCGGAGUGGAGGGCGGAUGGUAGGGAGGGUCCCGGGCCCAGCCCCAGCCCCACGAAGCCGGCGGGCGCGGAGCUGCGCCGGGCAUUCCUGGAGCGCUGCCUCAGCUCACCCGUCUCUGCAGAGUCCUUCCCCGGGGGUGCCGCCGCGGUGGCUGCUUUCUCUUGCUCGGCGGCGCCAGCAGCUGCACCGACCUCAGGGGAGCAGUUCCUGCUGCCGCUCCGGGCACCGUUCCCAGAGCCAGAGCUCCAUCCAGACCCUGCGCCCCUCUCGGCCACCCUGCACGGCCUGAAGCGGGCCGCUGGCAACGAGCGCCGUGCCAAGGCCCCUCCGGGCUGCACGUCUGGACCUGCGGCCGCCGGAGUCAAGAAGCCAAAGGCCAUGAGGAAGUUGAGCUUCGCCGAUGAAGUGACCACAUCCCCUGUCCUGGGCCUGAAGAUCAAGGAGGAGGAGCCCGGAGCACCGUCCCGGGGUCUGGGGGGCAGCCGCACGCCACUGGGGGAGUUUAUCUGCCAGCUAUGCAAGGAGCAGUACGCAGAUCCCUUCGCUCUGGCUCAGCACCGCUGCUCCCGCAUCGUACGCGUUGAGUACCGCUGCCCGGAGUGCGACAAGGUCUUCAGCUGCCCUGCGAACCUCGCCUCCCAUCGCCGCUGGCACAAACCACGUCCCGCAGCGGCAAAUGCCGCCACAGUCUCUUCAGCUGACGGGAAGCCACCUCCUUCGUCUUCCUCCACCUCCCCAGACUCUGGGGCUGUUGCAUCUUUCUUGGCGGAGGGGAAGGAGAACAGCCGGGCAGAGCGAGCGGCCGAUCAGCACCUGCAGGCGAGGGACAGCUCCAGGGCGGAGCACCAGGACAGCGCCCCACACCAGGGCCUCCAGGUGCUGUCCCACCCCGAGCCACCGCUGCCUCAGGUCCCCUUUACGGAGGGGGUGUUGGGGCGCCGGGUGCCUGGGCCAGGUAGUGCCAGUGGUGUCGGGGGAUCCGAGAUCUUCAUGUGCCCAUAUUGCCACAAAAAGUUCCGUCGCCAAGCCUAUCUGCGCAAGCACCUAGGCACUCACGAGGCAGGCUCUGCUCGUGCGCUUGCCCCGGGCUUUGGCUCCGAACACGGUGCCCCACUCGCCUUCGCUUGCCCCCUGUGCGGGGCGCACUUCCCGUCCGCAGACAUCAGGGACAAACACCGGCUGUGGCACGCGGUCCGCGAGGAGCUGCUCCUGCCUGCUCUGGCCGGGGCGCCCCCAGAAGCGCCGAGCCCAGGCGGAGCAUCCGACGGGAGUGCUCAGCAAAUUUUCUCGUGCAAGCACUGCCCGUCCACUUUUUUUAGCUCCCCGGGGCUGACCCGGCACAUAAAUAAGUGCCACCCCUCAGAAAGUCGGCAGGUACUGCUGCUGCAGAUGCCGUUGCGGCCUGGCUGUUGAGGAAAGAGAUGAGGAAGAUUGUGCGGUUGGCCUCGGAGGAAACAGAUCAUGGGAAUUUCUGUGGGGAUUUCUUGAAUUUGCAAGUUUACCCUCUUUCCUGCCUAUAUUUUCCUCUCCUAAAA